GAGUUAGGACAGACGUUAGGAGAUUGUUUAACGCCGACGUACAGUUUAAAUGCGGUUAUUAUUAGUACUUUAAACAUAGCAAGCUGUGUGCAGUACAGUAAACAUACGGCUAUACAUCCCCACAUUGAAAGACUACUUUUGUCCACACAGCAUCAUUAAAAUAUUUUUUUAAAAGCCGGCGUUAUUCAGAUCCAAGCUAGUGGCAACUUGAUGAGCAAACACAAUCUGCCGUGUUGGCCUCUGAUUCCCAACCGUGGGCUAAUCAGUAUCUGCGGAAAUUGCUAGCCCUUUAAAUCACCCCCAAACCUACUUGUCUAUCAAAUCCUUUGUGUUGAAUUUAUUACAGAAAGCCGGUCUCUGCAUGACUAAUGCGCAAGGGUUUUCAAUAGUGAUCAUGAAUGGGUUAAACGAUUCAUUCGUGUCAAUUAAAGACAUUAAGACCGGGCAGAAAAAUUUAAAUGUCGUCUUUAUUGUCCUGGAGAUAGGCAGAGUUACAAAAACUAAAGACGGGCAUGAAGUGAGGUCGUGCAAGGUUGCAGAUAAAACGGGCAGCAUCACUGUCUCAGUUUGGGAUGAAAUUGGAAGCCUUAUACAGCCAGGAGACAUAAUUCGCUUAACAAGAGGGUAUGCAUCCAUGUGGAAAGGAUCCCUGACGUUAUACAGUGGAAGAGGAGGUGAACUUCAUAAAAUAGGAGAGUUUUGCAUGGUGUAUUCAGAAUUGCCAAAUUUUAGUGAACCAAAUCAAGAAUUUUGUGGUCCGCCUUCAAAACAGAACCAAACCAAAAGUAAUGAUCUAGUCAAUAACUCUCCUGCCAACAACAUAGGUAAUGGUUCACAAACAGGUCCUUCACCGGUAGGGUCAUCAUACUCCACUCAUACAGCCCCUUAUAAUGGCAAUGGACGAACCAAUGGUAGAUUACCAGGAACUGCACUGACCAGUGUAUCAACUGCUGCUGUUCCUCAACAAAUUGUGUCGACUAUUGGCAAUGGAAGAGACCCAAGGAGAGCAAAGAGAUGAUUUGCCUCGACUCCUGUAUAAUAUCACCUCCUGCUGUACUUGAACACUUGGUGCACUUUUAUUUAUGGUUAAAUGUGAAAAGUUUAUACUCCCUGAUGUCUUAACCUCACUCAUCACCUCUUUUCUGCCAUGGAUUUCCCACUCCCGCCCCUCCCCCCAUCCGCCUGCUACACAAACAAAACUGAAGUCAAAGUAGUCUUUGGAUCUUUGAUCUACUGGAGCAAAAAAGCCAGUGUAUUUACAAUAAUUAAAGACCACAACAAGCAGGGAAACUUAUCUCUAUACCACUGGUAGCAAGAGGUAAUAUUCCACCUAUAACUCCUAUAUUUUCAGCCAUAAUUUAUCUGGGUACUGCCUCUCUAAUAACGGUCAGUUCUGCAAAAUAGGAGUUAAACCUGUUGUCUAUCGGUGUAUCAUGCUGUGGUUAUCCCUGUGUAUACCUUUUGUAAAGGACAGAGAGCAAUGUGCCAAUUGACAGUAGCUUCCACAUGCUACAUUUUAACGCCUUUAUGUUAAUUAUUAGGCCAACAACAGUUCUAAAGUCAAUGGUCUGCAAUGGGUUAAGAGUAUUACUGAACUAUUAGUCUGUCAUUCUGCAUAUCGAUGAUAUAUUGUGCAUUAGUACCUACCAUCCAUAUACUCUAGCCUUUACUUAUUAAGCUGAAAGGUCAUCAUUUAAUCAAAAGAAAUAAAACAUCGGUUUAAUUCUAUUUUAAA